CAAAAGUCGAAGUUUCGGUUUAUCGUGCACAAGCAAUGUCAUUACGGCCAGCAUUCACUUCUUGCCUCAAGGCUGCGGCUCAGCGCCGUACUAUCUUCACCGUCCGUCCGCUCGCUAUCGGAGAGGCUGACCCCGAACAGAACGGUAUUGGUCCUUUCUUGAACGCCGAAUCGUACAACAGAAUCUGGACCCAGAAGCAGUACGCUGUUUGUGAUAAGUUGAACACGCUGACAGCUGGAUCUGAGUUAAGCAACCUCCCUCCUCAUAGUGUUGCCCUCCAGACGGCGCGCGAUCCUGCUCAGGCUGCCGUAUUCAAUCACGCUUCCUUCCUCGCCAACAAUGACUUCUUCCUUCAAGGUCUUCUUCCCACCCCUCGCGAGGCGGUUGAUUCCAUGGACAGGAAACUGGUCCAACGGAUCGAGAAGGACUUCCGGUCUGUUGUGAACUUGAAGGAGCUCAUGAUUUCUACGGGUAUUUCAAUGUUCGGCUCGGGUUUCGUGUGGUUGGUCGAGGACGACAGGCGUAGGCUCAGGGUUUUGGCUACGUACAACGCAGGAUCUCCCUUCGUCGAGCACGCUGUGACCGAUGCCAACUCUCCCCUUACGAGUUUGGACGCACACGCCCGUGCGAUGAGGCCUUUCGCCGUUAUGCCGCUUUUGGGUGUGAGCGUUUGGGAGCAUGCCUGGGUGCCGCAAUAUGGCAUCAACGGAAAGGAGAAGUACUUGAAGAACUGGUGGAAGCAGGUCAACUGGCAGAAGGUGAACUCGAUCUUGCUCGAGGGCAGUCUUGUUUAAAAGGGCAUAGAGAAGGUGUUAUUAACACAAAUCGAUUUAAAACGAG